GACAUUACUGAAGAUCAUGCUGACAGCACAUAUCCCUAGAGAUCACGCGCUCUUGUUUGUGUGUUUUGUCCCUCGGUUGUAUCUUCAACAGACAAAAGGAAGGGGGCGGAUCGAGGCGUUAUUUUGGGGAACUCCGAUGUGAAGUAGUGAGGUCGAGCCAAGGCGGCCAGAACGUGAAUAGUAUAUUUUGCGUGAUCACUCUCAGCACGGACUUCGCCACUCGCUAGCAGAAGACGCAAAGGUUUGAGAUCGCCGAGUCCUGUCACAUGAUCGUCGUUCGUCUUUGUUUUGCUUUACCGAGGACGAUGGCGCCUCGGAUGUUUACUGCGUUUUCUUUACUUGCUACUUUACCUUUUCUGCAAGCAGCUACGCUGAGAAAUGAAAACUUUUUCAGGAGUGACGCAAGCUUGUGGAUAUGGUAGCUGUAAUCCAGUGAAGGAUGACAUGAUCAAUGUACAUAUCGUGCCACAUACCCACGAUGAUGUUGGCUGGCUGUUGACCGUAGACCAGUACUACUACAAAGAGGUGCAGUACAUCCUAGAUUCAGUGAUUCCUGAGCUUCUGAAUGAUCCUUCAAAAAGAUUCAUCUACGUUGAAAUUGCUUUUUUUGAACGCUGGUUUCGGGAACAAAAUGACUUCAUGAGACAUUCAGUGAAAAAACUAGUCAGUGAUGGUCGUUUGGAGUUCAUUCUGGGAGGCUGGUGUAUGAAUGAUGAGGCAACAACACACUAUAGUGCCAUCAUUGACCAGCACACACUAGGUUUUGAGUUCCUGCGUCAGAACUUUGGUGACUGCGGACGGCCACGAGUUGGAUGGCAAAUCGACCCUUUUGGUCACUCAAGGGAACAAGCAUCUAUCUUUGCUCAAUUUGGGUUUGACUCCCUCUUCUUUGGCCGUCUGGAUUACCAAGAUAAAAGCAAGCGACAGAAUGACACCACCAUGGAAAUGAUUUGGCGAGGCAGUCCUAAAAAUCUAGGAGCCAAGGCUGAUUUGUUUACUGGAGUGCUUCAGAAUAACUACAGUCCCCCUGAUGGCUUUUGCUUUGAUAUUUUCUGUGAUGAUCCUGAGAUUGUUGAUGACCAACGUCUUCACGAUGUCAAUGUCAGAGAACGAGUAAAUGAAUUUCUUUCAUCCAUCAAGAAUCAGUCUUACCAUUAUUCUACCAACCAUCUGAUGGUGACAAUGGGAAAUGACUUCAACUACCAGGCAGCUCAUAACUGGUUUAAAAUGGACAAGCUCAUCUAUUAUGUCAACCAGCAGCAACUCAAUGGCAGCAAAGUGAAUUUGCUGUAUUCAACUCCCUCCUGCUAUACAUAUCAUGUGAACCGUGCCAAUAAGACAUGGACAACAAAGGAAGACGACUUUUUUCCCUAUGCUCACAGACCUCAUAGCUUUUGGACUGGCUACUUCACCAGCCGGCCCUUGAAAAACUAUGUUCGCCGCACCAACAACUUUUUGCAGGUUGUCAAGCAGAUGGAUGCACUGGCACUUUUGGAGGACACAGAUAACAGUACUUAUAAUCUGCUUAUCCUUGAAAAAUCAAUGGGUGUGGCUCAGCACCAUGAUGCUGUCUCGGGAACUGCAAAACAGGUAGUGACUUAUGACUAUGCAGAAAGGCUGGCAGAAGGUGUAAGUGAAGGGCAGAAAGUAGUUAGUGAUGCUUUCAAGAAGAUGCUUCCUCUGGGCUCUGCAGUACCCCCAGAACGCAGCUUUUGUCCCUUGCUGAACAUCAGUGUAUGCGCUGCAACAGAGACCAACAAACAGUUCCAGGUAACGGUAUACAAUCCUGUGGCCAGAAAUGUUCAAUGGUUUGUCCACCUCCCAGUUAGUGGCACAUCAUAUAGUGUGACUGGGCCUGAUGGUAGCACUGUACCUGCUGAGGUUUUUCCUAUUUCUGAUGACACCAUGCGUAUUCCUGAACGCAAGGGAGCUGUAGCCAAUAAUGAGCUGGUGUUUUCUGUCUCUCUUCCUCCUUUAGGCUUUAAUGUCUACUUUGUCUCCAUGACAUCCGAAGACACAGCUGCAGAAACAUUUCUUAAGCAGCGUUUGUUUGGCUCUGAUAUAGUCCUGGAAGGAAAGUAUAUCUCUCUUACAUUUGAUGGAAAUUCUGGGCUUCUGAAGAGCAUCACUAAUGUAGAGAAGCAAUUGACAAUACCGGCAUCGCAGACCUUCAUGUACUACCUUGGCCAUCCAGGUCUUAACACCAAGCCUGAUGAGCAGGCCUCAGGUGCAUAUGUAUUCAGACCCAACUCGUCCACACCUGUAAAUCUGACUUCAGCACAGCUGGCAUUAAAUACGUACUUUGUCAAGGGUGAGCUAGUACAGGAAGUGUACCAGCAGUUCAGUCCAUGGGUCUCACAAGUCGUGCGUGUGUAUAAUGAUCAGCGUUUUGCAGAGUUUCAGUGGACCGUUGGCCCCAUACCAAUUGCUGACAAGUGGGGCAAGGAGGUGAUCAGUCGGUUCACAACAAAUCUCAACAGCCAGGGAUUCUUCUACACAGAUGCUAAUGGACGUGAAAUUUUAAAGCGACAAUUAAAUCACAGAGAUACUUGGAAUCUUAACCAGACUGAACCAGUUGCUGGGAACUAUUAUCCUGUCAAUAGUCGAAUAUAUAUCAAGGAUGAGAGCAAGCAGCUACAGUUUACAGUGAUGACAGACAGAUCUCAGGGAGGAUCCAGUCUCCAAAAUGGUGCAGUGGAACUAAUGGUUCACCGACGUCUGCUCUAUGAUGAUGCUUUGGGUGUUGCUGAAGCACUGAAUGAAACUGGGGCUGAUGGCAAGGGGCUGGUGGUGCGAGGGUCACAUUAUGUCUUGUUGGAGCCAACAUCAUCAGCAGCAUCUGUCCAUCGUGAUCUUGGACAACGAUUGUAUAUGGCACCAGAAGUGAGCUUCACUGCUGUUGAUGCAAAACAGAGUGACUGGAAAGCAAACUUCCGCACUAUGUGGUCAGGUGUACACUCAAGCCUCCCACCUAAUGUGCAUAUCCUCACACUGGAGCAGUUUCCAGCUCAUGGGCCAGUUCCAAGCAGUGGACAGCCAUUUUUGCUGCGCUUAGAGCACUUUUAUGAGAAUGACGAAGAUGCUGUUCUCUCUAAGCCAGUUACUGUAUCUUUGCAGAAUCUGUUUACAUCAUUUACCAUUGAAUCUGUGAAUGAACUGACCCUUGGAGCUAACCUACCCCUUGCUGACCUCAACAGACUGCAGUGGAAGAGUGCCAGCGGCCUUGACCUGCUUGCUCCAGUCAUGAAAGAUAACUCUCUGCUUUUCAAACCUGAGAAGAAAACUGAUCCCUUGACAAUUACACUGAAUCCAAUGGAAAUUCGAACCUUCCAGAUAAACCUCACCAGUGCCAGGAAGUAGCAGUGGUUAGAUGCCUCUUGCUGAAGUUAUACAUAAAUAAUGAAGCCUUAUCUGGGCAAAGUAUUUAAAAGGUGGACAUUUAUAAUUGUUUAUAUCAUUUGAGGUUCACAAGUUAACAAGAAAGAUUAUAUGCUGUUUUGGGGUUUCAGAAAUCCAAUCUAAGAACCACCAUUUCCAAAAGAAGAGAAAUAUAUUAACACAGAAACAGAUGCUAAUACUUUGUGCACAAAAAUCAUCCUUUGUAAUGUAUAGCAUCACUGAGCCUGAAAUCAGUUGAUAUUGGCUACAUCAUAUUUGCCAGUGUGCUCAUUUAACAACAGCUUUGAGGCAUGUUUUCACUAUUACCUGUGAUUGUUAGGGGUUUUGUUUUUUUUAACAAACUUCUGGUGUGUGUUGCCUGCAUUUCAAAGUGUCUUGGCUUCACACUUUGGAGGUUGGUCUGAAAAAAAAGCUGUAAGCAUGAGGGUCUUUUGGAUCUAUUACCAACUAUGUCAGUCUGUGUAAAAAUUUCCACAGAUCCAGAUCUUAUCCCUUGCUCAGGUAAAAAUAAGAAGUCAUUUGAUAUUCCACAGCUGUAAAUACUUCUUAACUGUAGCUGCAGUAUUUAUAUGCUCUCCCAAUACAUGUUGCCUAGAUUUCAUUGGUUUCUGUAAGUUCGCUACUGAUCACCCAGAAUUAUUCCUCAAAUGUUUUAAAGCCUUGUUCUGAUACCCUAUAUACUUUAUAUAAGAAAUAGCAACUCAUCAAAAGCUACUGGGAUGUCAUAGUGAAAAGAACAAAAAACAAAAAAAACAAAACAAAACAAAAAAAAAGAUGCUUCUGCACUGAAGAAAACCUUUAACCACAAAGCGUGUGUAUGUAGCGGGUCGGGGGUGGAGGUGAAGUUCUUGGAUAUGCAAGCUUCACAACUGUAACAAACAUGAUAAAUUUUUUUUAAACAUAUUUGAUUUAUACAUUCUCAUCUGAUGUUCUCAGAAAUGUUCAUCCAUUAUUUUCAGUGACCUUGCUGAGAGUAUUUUCCACAUGGUACUUUGCUUAAAAACUUUUACACUGAAGACACGAAAGUCAAAAAUUUCUUUAAAAGUA